AUGACCACGACGCGCGCCGCCCGCGCCUGGGCGCCGUCGCACUACCUCAAGUUUGAGUCCAGCCGCCUCCAGCCCGCGCUCGACUUGCUCCAGCGCAUCCACGUGCCCAAUAACGUUGCCUCGAUCGUCGACUUGGGCUGCGGCACGGGCAACAUCACGCCCUUUAUGCGUGAGCGCUGGCCCCAGCACGCAUUCAUUGCGUCGACUCGUCGACCGACAUGCUGGCCGGACUUUGAAACCUUUUCGGUCGCCGAGCCCGUGGACAUUAUCUUCUCGAAUGCUGCCUUGCAUUGGGUCUCGUUCGGCGUGCACAAGGUGCUCCUGCCACGGCUUUUCUCGCUGCUCAAGCCAGGUGGCGUCUUGGCCAUUCAGAUGCCCGACACCCGCGUCCAAGCCAGCCACGUGCUCAUGCCCGAAGCAGCCCGCGCGCUUGGCGUCGACAUCGCAGGCGUGCGCUGGGUGACGACCGAAGAAGACCCGUUGGCGUACUACGGCCUCUUUGCCGCCAUCGCGCGCCCGGACCACAUCCACUUGUGGAGCACCGAGUACACGCAGGUGCUCGUACCAGCGUCGCGCGACGAAGAGCCGACCUAUCGUCAUCCUGUUGUGUAUUUCGUGUCAUCAACGGGCCUCGGGCCGUACGUCCAUGCGAUCGACGACCGGAAUGUGCGCGAGGCCUUUCUGCACGAGUAUGCGUCGCGGAUUGCGGCGGCGUAUCCUGUCCAAGCCGACGGCCAUGUGCUCUUCCCGUUCAAGCGCUUCUUCUGCGUCGUUCAAAGAGACGACUAG